AUGACGCAUACAUGGACCGCACAAUCUCGUCCAACUACUGCCCGCCCUCAAACUGCAGCCUCUUCCCGCCAUGAAUCCAGCUACAUCGUUGCUCUCGUCGAAGGUCGCGGCGUUGCACGCGAGGUGGGAAUGGCAGCGUUGGAUAAGGAUACAGGCAGAGUCACUCUCAUCCAGUUGGCAGAUUGCCCGACAUAUGUGAAGACCUUACACCAAUUGCACCUUCACUCUCCCUCGCUUAUCCUUGUCCCGGACACCUUCCUGUCGGUAACAGAUGUUUUAUUGGCUUCUGGAGCAAAGAAGCCGUCAACAACGUCUAUUCUGAUACAGUGUAUCAUGGAAGAGUUUGAUUCCGUACCGAUUGAACCAGUGCCGAGAAAAUACUGGAACGAGACCGCUGGGUACGAUUUCCUUAAUCAGCUCACUGUCGAAGAUGACGAGGGGGCUGCAACACUCGUCGCAGCAUCAAGCAAGUACUACGCGCUGUCAGCCGCUAGUGCGCUGUUCAAACACGCGGAAUUCAAGCUCAAUCUCCGUUUCUCCGCGUCGUCAUUGUUAAUCCGGUAUGUUCAGGUCGAGGGUACAAUGAUGAUCGACCCGGAGUCUGCCCGAAAUCUCGAGUUGGUGGGCAACAUAUCCUACAAGAAGUCGUCUCAUUCGCUCUUCGGCCUAUUGAAUCACACAUACACUGCGAUGGGUGCUCGCCUUCUACGCGUCAACGUACUCGCUCCUAUCACAGUACAUGGGUCAAUCGAGGCGCGCCUCGACAUCGUGGAAGAACUGGUCCAAUCAGAAGAUCGCUUCAACGAAGUCAAGAACGCGCUGAAGACCCUGAACAGAAUGGACUUUGACAAGCUGAUAUCUUCUCUCGCCUCCUCCGAAGCCCGCGACACCGGCACCGCGAAGCCCGCAGCGGCGCGUGUCGCGCAGAUGCUCAACCUGCGGAACAUUGUGAAGAGCCUGCCGCUUCUCGCGAAGGCUCUGACGGGAUGCAGGUCGGAACUACUGCACAUCAUCAGAGAGAUGAUAUCCGAUGAGCGGUUGGAGCGGAUCGAGCAGCUGGUGCGCAACAGCUUGAACGAGGAGGCAACGCCUGCCAAAGGCGGCCUCGGCGCAGUCAACGCCCGCGUGUAUGCGGUCAAGGCCAACUAUAACCGCCUGCUCGAUGUAGCGCGCGAAACGUACAAGGAGAACGUCGGCGACAUCUUCACGCUGCAGCAGGCGCUCUCGGAUCGCCACAGUCUACCGCUAAGCCUAGUGUAUCAGGACACGGGGUUCGUGUUCGCGCUCAGGAAGGGCGACCUCGAGGGCGAGCUUCCUAAGGGGUUCGUCAACGUGACGAUGCAGAAGGGACGGUGGACCUUCUCGAGCGUGGAGUUGAAAAAACGCAAUGCACGCAUGAAGGAUGCGUUGGAUGAGACGUUGAUCCUGAGCGAUAAAAUCAUUCAAGAACUCACCGCCGAGAUUGUGGUAGAUAUUGGUGCUCUGUACAAGGCGUCGGAGGCUGUCGCCAUCUUGGACAUGCUGUGGUCCUUUGCUCAUGUUUCCAUCUUGCGCAACUACGGCAAGUCCAAAGUCUGGUAUUUUGAGCACGUCUCUCACACGUUUGCUGCAGUACGUCCCGAGUUCACCGGCACGCUGGCUAUUAAGGCGGGUCGACACCCGAUCCUGGAAAACGUCCAAUCAGCUGGCACGCUUGUGCCAAAUGACGUCUACUGCUGCGAAGCCUCCUCUUUCCAGAUCGUCCAGGGACCAAAUAUGUCUGGUAUAGAAACACACCCGUGCAUCCACGAACUUUUGAUUGACCCUGAUGCAGGAAAGAGCACGUAUCUGCGACAGAUCGGGCUGCUGACCGUCAUGGCAAUGUGUGGAUGCUUCAUCUCCGCAGAAUACGGCAGCUUCAGGCUUCAUGAUGCCCUGCUCACUCGACUGUCGAACGACGACGACAUGGAGAAAAGCUUAAGUACUUUUGCCAACGAGAUGGCCUCUUCUGCCAUGAUCCUAGGAAUCGCUACGCCGAAUUCACUGAUAUUGAUCGACGAGGUCGGGCGCGGAACUUCUCCUAGAGAAGGCGUCGGUAUCUCACACGCCAUCGCGGAAAGUCUGAUACAACUGAAGUCCUACGUUUUCUUCGCAACGCAUUUCAAUGAGCUCGUCACGACGCUGUCGCGCCAACCCUCUGUCGUCAAUUUGCACCUGUCAGUGCAGAAAACACGACAGUCCAGCUCAAAUUUCGGCAUGGCCUUCCAAUACAAAAUCGUCGAUGGUGCACCGGAAUCGCAAGAGCACUAUGGCCUGGAACUCGCGCGGCUUGCCGACCUACCUACUGACGUGCUUGGCGAAGCGCAGCGGGUGGCGGAAACGCUCACGGAACUCGAAGCGCGAGAGCGACAGGAGAGCGAGACGAGCAAGGUUGCCGUGCGGCGGAAAGCUCUGCUCAGGCUCCGCACACAACUGGCACAGGCACUGGACCACUCGUCGUUGCCAGACGAAGAACUCGCGGCGUACCUGGAGCGAUUCCAGAAGGAGAUCACUAAAGCUCUGCAUGAUACGCUGUGA